UGUACUAUACUCGAUCAUAUGAUUGAACCUCAUUUGUGUUACGUUCACGAAGUAUUUCCAUCGACAGCAUGGCGUCCGUUAUCAAAGACACGGGAGAAAUUUGGACUAGACUCUUUGAACAUCGACCAUUUAUCCAAGGAGAAGUAACUUUUUUCUUAAGAGAAUUUCAGGAAAAGAGAGACGACGGAGAAGUGGAAAGACUUUUCAAAAUUCUUGAAUAUUCAACGGAAUUAGACCAAAAUCAGUUGCCACGUGCUGAACAACUUGGAGAUUGUCAUUUACCAAGUUUAAAAGCAAACAUCGAUGUUGCACUUAGUAUGUGCGAACGAGUACUUCAGAGACAAGAAGAAUUUGAUAGUGAUUUUGCUUUGCAACAUAAUAGAGAAAUUCGUAAAGCGGAAUGGGAAAAGUUCAUAAAUGAUAUGAGCGACAAAUGUCAAAAAGUGGAUAAAGCCUUUCAGGACAAAGAAAACGAAAUCAAAGAAUAUUAUAUCGAUUUAGAAAAAAAGUUACAUAUUACACCUUGAUUUAAUUAAUAUUUUACAUUUACAGCUUCCAAAUAUUCUUAAAAUAAUUAUAAUAGUGCCACG